AAUAAACAUCCGAUGACAUAACAGCGCUGUCAAAAACAACGCGACCGUUUCUCAAAACAAAUCGAACGAGGUGCAAAAAUAGUGCACAAAACCCCGUAAAAGCAAUACAGAACGAUAAGCAAAGAGAGGGCCGUUUUCGCUCGACACUCCGUCAAGUGUCAUCAUCACGAUAAAAGAGGGACAAGAAGUGUGCGCACACAAAGAAGACCAUCAGCAGAUGUAAAACCAGAGGAAACGAGAAAGAGAGCGCCUGUGUGCGUGAGAGAACAAUAGACGAUUGCAUCGCUCUGCUGUUUGUGUAGCGUAAAAAGCGCAGCUUCUUCUGCCUCUUCCGUUCGCUCGAAGACGGGAUCAGAUCCUUUUUCUUUAUCCGUGCGUGCGGUUCGUCGUGCGUGGUUCGCGCUUGGAAAAUUCUACCUACCGGAAAGGAACGUACGUGCACUUGGAAAGGGCUCGCUUUCAUCGCCAUCGUUUCACCCGUUGCUCACGCACCCCGUUACCUGUCCUAGCGUUUUCGAUCCGCUCGAUCGUUUUAUCGAGGCGAGGAAGAGGCUUCUCAAAACAACAAACCAACCCCCGUUGUGCGUGUGUGUGUGUGUGCAUAUAUCGCGUACCAUAGCCCUACAUUCUCAAAGCCCUUCGGACCACCAGAAGAGAAGACCAGUGUGCUGCGAUUAGUGGUAGUUCGUCGGGUCCGGUGCUCUUGAAUUUGAUCGGCUUUGGCAUUUUUGGUUGCAACAUUUUACGGCGAUAUUUGGAGGAAUCUUUAACCUUGUUACACCUACCGAGAGGGGGGAAGAAAAGUGAAACAAAUCCCACACACAACCACCCGCACAAACGCGUCCAAAAGCAAGCACCACCACCACCACAACUACCACCAAUAUUAACAGUACCGAGCCGAGCGUCCAAGUGUGUGUGUGUGUAUCCCGGUUGCCGCACGGAUUGCGCUCGUCCGGAAGAUCUCUCAUUCCGCUGUCCGCAUCUGUCCGGUGCUGGGUGUCCGGUCGGUCAACAAAGAUGUUUACCUGCCAGUGCCUGAACGUGUCGAUAGCCGUAAACGAUGAGAGCAGCACCGUCCCGACCGGUCCAACCGCCACCAACGAUCCCGGCCCAGUGACACUGAAAAACGAAACGAGUCUGCCGCGGCCACCGGCAGCCGUGAUUGCCCGCCUGGUGGAAGGAAAAUCACGAGAGCUGGCCAGCUUCUUCCAGGAGUCGGUUGGACCCCUGCAAGAUACUAGCGUGACCGUGCAGCUGACAAUGAUGCUGAAGACAAUCUCGUGCGAUGGCUGGAACGUGAACAAAUGUGUGAACUGUGGCUGCGUCGCAUUUGCCCGUAAUAGCUCCAACCCGGCGGCCAUCCUGAUCAAUGGAACACUAGCGGUCACCGCCGAGGAAGUGAAUCGGCGCAAGAGGCAGGAAAACUAUUCAUCCGCCUACAGAAUCGUGCUCGAUGGCCGAGCGGCCGAUUUUCGCGGCUUCUACCGGAAGGACCAGUACCGCAGCCUGUUUACGGCCGCGGCCAACACACUCGACAGUACGAACGAUCGGAACGAGCUGCUCGAAUCGUUGCGCGCGUUCAUGCGUGCCGAAACGCAGGCGGCCAACGAGCGGAUCGCACGCUUCACGCAGGAGCUAAACGAGCAGCUGAGCAACGUGCGCGACCGGGCCGAGCAGGACUAUCUGUUCCUGGCGCAAACAUUCGUACCUGAACUAGUAGAUAGUAGUAGAAGCGGAGGGCGUGGGGACGGGGCGGUGGCCACCGACGCUGCCACCAGCCCGACGACGCUGACGGAGAAAGCGCUUCAGCCGCUGCUAACGAGCUUGGGUACGCCGGUGGCCGCGGAUGUAGCCGGGGGUCAGCUGGAAACGCCACCACCGACCCCGGAGUGUAUGCCGAUGUCGACCGGGAACAGUCCACCGUCGAUUGUGAACGGUAGCAACGGUGCGUCCGUUAGCCCGGAGCGGCAGAGUUCGGAUACGCGCGGCUUCAAGCCGCUGCUAAAGCUUAGCAACAGUGCCGCCAAUACGAUUAACAAUAAUACUACGAACAGCAACCAAGGUGCCAUUAGCAAACCACCAACUCAGCAGCAGCAGCAGCAGCAGCAACAUUCCAUGAGUACAAAUCUCUUUGCCAAUCACGGCAAUAGCCUGGGAGCUGCCACAACGGUGCCAGGGCUCGCCGGUAGUGUCGGCAACCUAACAGGGGCUACACAUAGAUUUAGCAGCACCAUCCAUCAGCGGCCACAGCAGCAGAUGAUGUUCGAUUCGGACUGUCUGUUCGACAUUGACGGCAUGGAAAAUGACAAAACGCCCCCACCGGAUGCUAUUUCUGACGAGGAACCAUCGGAUUAUGAUGAAAUACCAGAUAACAACAAUCGAACGGAGGGCGGCAUAGUCAUACCGCGUCACCAGUACGGACGGCAGACCAGCUCGAUCGCGAAAAGUCUUCCGAUUUCAAUGCCGAAGAAAAUGGCCCCGUUCCGGGCGAACGAAGAUGAUCUCGAUGAGAUGGCCGAGGAUACGGUCGACAUUGCGGCCAGCAUCAAGGCCCUCGCCAAAAGCGUACACGGUGAGGCAGUGUUUGGCGAUCUUCCCCGUCGGCAGAUUCAAAAGUUCACCUCACAAAUAUGAGCGCGCGCGACGAUCUCCGAUCAACCUACCUGCUUCCUGCUUCUGUUACGCACAGAAACAACAGGAACCGCACGAGACACGAGAUAGACCGACAACGGAUGUGGAUACGAUCCGGAUCAUCAUCAACAUCGUGAUAUAGAUUUGCGCACGUGUUUCAGUAGUACACUGCGGCGUUGGCGGUUUGAUUGAACCAGUUGUUUUGGAAGCUAUUGCUGUGCUAAUAAUGCCGCCUGUAUCAUCUCCUUUAUCAAUCCCUCCUCAGCCUGGGAGUAGGAUAAGUCAUUUGGCACCAUAAUUUUGAACGUUUUGUUUAAGCUUAGUUUUAAGUUUUUAAUGCGUUUUUACUUUUUCGAUUUUCAUGUGGAAACGGCUAGGAAGCAGACGGACGGAUGCAGAUUUGCCUUCUUUUCUUUCGCUAAAUUUAGUCCAUUUCAUCCACCGCAGCUGAAGAGCUCGUUUCGUUGCAAUACUUCUUUCACUCUGCGGAACUCGGAACGUAAACGUCCAAGUUUCUUUUUUUUUUCUUCGUCGAUUUUAUCCUAAAUUAAUUCAUUUCACCAGUUUUAAUGAAAAGAUUGUUUGAACUCUCUUAACCAAAAACAAUCAAACGGAAUGAACUUUGUUUUGAAAGUUGAUCGAAUUGCAUACUUCCCGGCGUUGUUUCCCGAUACAACCCCAGUCGAGUGGAUCGGCGAUGGUUAAGUGAAAGCGAAGGCGUAUUUUCCCUCCUUCGAUUGGUUGUAACUUUACCGUUCAGUGCAGUGUACUACUACUACUACCACUACAUAUAUAGCGUGACUUGUGAGGUUAAUUUUUUGUAAGUCGUUACAAUAUUAGCGUUUAUGCAACAGAGAAUGCGUGCUGUGAAACGAAGCAGGAAAAUGGGGCAAAAACAAUCAGUGAGCUGAAUUACGACGAAAAGGGAGUAACUCUAAUGGUCGACAUUUGCUAUGUUCAAUUCGCAUCAUACGGCUCUGCAUUCUCGUCCAUUGCUUGUCAGAAGACCAAUGCUAGACCAUCCUUCUACCCAGCCCGUUAUUAUGCCAUGUUUUCAAGUACAAGUACAUCCGUGUUAGACUGUAUCAUCUCUACCAUGUGGGUCCAGUUCGUGUUUUCUUUUUUUUUUUAACUAUAAAAUAAAACAUCCAGUCUCUACGGAAGGUCAGCCCCCUGCCCGG